AACCUUUUUUUUUAAAUUGGUGUAUGAAACCAUUUCAUUUUAAUUGUGGUAAUCAAUAUGGUUGGUUUUCAAUAUACCAUAUUGCUGUUUGUUUUCUAUUUGUCCUGUUUGAGUGUUUUCCCCUAAAUCCCUCUUACUCUGCCUGCUUGUGGCUAGCUGAACAUUUCCUUUUGACUGCUUCUGAUCUCCUUUGUGGGUUCAUUAUCUCUCACUUGCCUUGUCUUCCAAAGGGAGAUCCUUAGCAGAGCUCCGCAAUCCCUUUUUGAGCGGCUGCCUCUUCUCUGUUGCUUCACCUGAGGAUGCUGAUUUGUUUGUCCAUCCUGGCAAGGUCCUCUCUGUUCAGAUGGACUUCUGCACUCUCCCUGGGCUUCCCCUCUCUUCUUUGUUCUCCAAACUCCUGUCCAUGUCAGUGGAUAGGAAAGCUGGUAAGCUGGUCAGUGGUUGAGCCCACUUCACUAGCUUUCAUCUCUCAUGGAUCAAAUCCAAUCUUUCCAGACUUCUAAGGUCAUGACAGCAUUCCGUGUAAUUUGACAUUUGCAUGGUUAUUAUUUCAGAUGGGGUGGUCCCUCUGCCUGUGUAGCUCUUCAUAUUGAACUUCACAUGACAGAAUCUCUUAGGUCCUGCUGCAAAAGUUACCCCCUAUGCUUUGAUUUCUACUGAUCUGAUAACAUACAUGGCUUCUGACAGCAAUGCUCUUCAGGUUCCCUUGCGUCAGAAGCCGAGGAAGAAAACUCAAGGGUUUUUCACGAUGAGUCGGAGGAGGAUAUCAUGCAGAGAUCUGGGCCAUGCUGACUGCCAGGGGUGGCUCUACAAGAAAAAGGAAAAGGGAACUUUCUUAAGCAAUAAAUGGAAAAAGUUCUGGGUGGUGCUGAAGGGGACAUCGCUGUACUGGUACAGCAACCAAAUGGCAGAGAAAGCAGAUGGAUUUGUAAAUCUGCCUGAUUUCACCAUGGAAAGAGCAUCUGAAUGCAAGAAAAAGCAUGCUUUUAGAGUCAGCCAUCCCCAGAUCAAGACCUUCUACUUUGCAGCUGAGAAUUUGCAGGAAAUGAAUAUGUGGUUAAGCAAACUUGGAUUAGCUGUAAUCCAUCGAGAGUCUACCACAAAGGAUGAAGAAUGUUACAGUGAAAGCGAACAGGAAGAUCCUGAACCCGCUGUGGAGACUCCACCCCCUCCUUACUCUUCUGAGGCUCCUCUGGCUACACAGCAGGUGUCUUCGUACUCACCCAAGCUGGCUGGAACGGCAUGCUCUGUCUCUUCCUCAGAUGACACAGCGAAGAUGCCCAGCAGUUUUUCUUCCUCUGUCUCUAAAGGAAGGCAACCCUGGCUUGAUACUGUUAAUAGUUCAUCAGCUGAUGAAAAUGUGGGACACUCCAAAGCGUUGGCUGCGCAGGUUCACUGCCCUGCCCCCUCGGAAGCAAACAGUUACAAAGCCUCAGAAAGCAACUUGGCCACAUCAGAAAGUGGGUUUUUGAACUCUUUGUCUAGUGAUGACACGUCUUCACUGAGCAACAAUCAAGACCAUCUUUCUGUUCCAGACAAGCCUACUGGAUCCAGGGUGAUGGACAGAGUGGAAGAAACAAAAGCACCUGAAGAUGAUGAAAUGGAGAAGCUCUACAAGUCACUAGAACAAGCCAGUCUGUCACCUCUUGGGGACCGACGACCCUCAACCAAGAAAGAAUUGAGAAAGUCAUUUGUUAAGCGGUGCAAGAACCCAUCCAUAAACGAGAAACUCCACAAAAUCCGAACACUGAAUAGCACAUUAAAGUGUAAAGAACAUGACCUGGCCAUGAUUAACCAGUUGCUGGAUGAUCCGAAGCUGACAGCGAGGAAAUACAGAGAGUGGAAGCUCAUGAACACUUUGCUGAUCCAGGACAUGUACCAGCAGCAGCGGGCUGCACCUGCCCUCGAAGGCGAGCUCCAGGAUCUGCGGAGGCUACCUUCAGGCUGCGUUGAAAAUUCUAUUUGAUAGCAUGCCAGGAUUCUCUCCUAUUAAUGCUUUAUCGAGGCAAUUCUUCAAGAGGUUACAAGGACUCAGUUCCUGAAACAUUAGCUUCUCCUCUGAGGAUGCAAUUUAGGUGAAAAAUAACAUCAGCAAAUAUAGCAGUCUUCUCAUUGCAGUUGGACACAUCCAAUGAGGACACAAUGACUGUGUUCAUUUGCUUGAACAGAAGUUUUUGUGUGUUGCUAUUGGGAGUUUACACGGACGGGAGAGGCCCUGGGUUAGGUAUGAGGGAUUUGUCUUCUUUUUCUUACUUCCUAGGGAAUUGCGGCAUGCUAUGGUCCAAAGGCCAGAUUUUAAUAAGGAUAAUUAUUCAUAGAAAUGUUCUGUUUUCCAGAAGAAUGUGGACUUUCCAUCCAUUUAGGUUGCUGAGUUUUCUGAAUCAUGCUGUAAGUGGAGGAAAGUUUUCUCCAGUAGCGACUGGGCUGGGACAGAUGUGGUGCUGUGGACAGAAUCUCCUUGUCUUCGGUGUAGCAGGGUGGUACCUCUUCCACUUUUGGGAAGUACUUCAUAGAGCAUGGGAGAGCCCAGUGAGAAGGAGUGUUUUAUAUCCCACGGACUCAGCGGACACGUUAGUGUGUUCACAUCCAGGUUAGAGGAUCUGAUUAUUUCUUUGCCUUGCAACGCAGAGAGAAGAGAGACGACUGGCGAUUCGUGUGUCUUCUUCCCUGCCAUAAAGCAGGGGAGUUCUAAGCUCAGAAAGGAUUGUUUGCUGCUUUGUCUUUGGUAUGAACUUACAUCCAAUUUGCCAUGGGUUAAUAUUGACAAGAUGGUUAUGGUGUCUGAAGUUUUUGAUAUCAUCACUCAGAAAACAAGCCAAUCCAAAACUGGAAUUAAAAAAAAAAAACAAUAAGACUGAAAGUCACAAUUGUUUUAUUUUUGUAUGAUUAUGCAUCACUUCGUGUGCCAUGUGAAUAGCUAUAAUAUGUUCAUUAUUUAAAUAUAUUUAUAGAAAUUAAAAUUACUAGUGUUUUGAAAGAUGAUAUACUAUUCUAUGUUUUACUCAUAUAUUCUUAGUGUAUACACUUUUUGCUUGGGAAAAAUAAGAAUAUUAUUGAUUCCUUGGAGCUACUACGUUGCACUAUAAUGUAAGAAGAAUGCUCAGGAAAUCUUGUAGGAAAAAUAUGGCAGCAUGCAAUAAAUUUUCAAUUCUCUCCUCACCCCCAGAACUCUUAGAUUUUUCUGUCUGUGUCUCAGUCUUGACCAGAAACAGACUUCCAUCCUAUCUUGUUAUUCCUGUUAAAUAAACUUUAAGUUUUGUGCCAGUUAUGCUCACAGACCUCUACCAAAUAAAACACAAAUAAUGUAAUCUUCCGAUGAAAGAUUAAGCAGAAAACUUGGGGGUCACUUUUGUAGUGAUCCCAUACAGGAAAAAUGUGAAAGUUUUUGCUUACCAAUCAGCAUGAAUAUAGGAGUUCUCUAAAGGGUUACAAAAAAUAAUACUAUGACAGAACUUUGCAUUUCAAAAUUUAUUCUCACCAAAGCAGAUUUAAUUCCAUUUUUAAUGGCUUUUUAGAAGAUUUCUUGAACUUAUGGUGAAAAUAAGCAAAACUUACCGAGAAGCCAGUUGGACCCACCCUGUCGCUAGGAAAUUGUUGACAUAGCAUACUUCAUUUUGUAGUCUAAGUGUGGUUUGGUAGUUGAAUGGAAAUAACCACCUGAAUUGUGUCUGCAAACUCAAUGGAAACAGUUGUUGGAUAUUUCCACGAGCCUUAGUUAAAAGUUUUCCUGCCUUGUAAACAAAAUCAAGAAGGAUAAAAAAACAAAGUGUAGUAUCAGAAGCUUCUCUAAGAUAAGGGGUAAGGUGAUCAAUUCAUUCCAGCGAGUGUGUGAGCUGGCACUUCUCCACUAAGAAGGCAUGAAGAAGGGGGUGAGAGUCUGACCCCUGGUGAAUCUGUGGCCAGUACCUAGGGGAGGUAAGCCAUUCAGAUCCUCUAGCUGAUGUUUCUAGUUUGAAAAAUGCCAUGGAUUCUCCUUGUGAUUGGAAGGUUGAUGAUCCGGGACUCACCAUAUCAGCAGGGUACUGAGGAAGGAGAAUAGUAACCCUGAAUAUUCCAGCACAGGGCCAAGUGUUUUCUCACCGUUUGGCUUUGCUUUGCACUACUGACCCACACGCUUUCAGAAAGGUUUCCUAAAUGGAAGUGUUCCAAAAACUUUUGAUCAGGGCUUGAAAACAUGUUGAUGUUGAAACGCUUUGACUUCCACCCCCACUUUUUUUUUUCUUUUGCAGAAGAAGGGCUUUCCAAAAGCUCGAGGGAAAUACAAUUUUUUAAAAUUCCUCUGUCCAUGGACUUUUUACAGACCUCUUGUAUUUAAGUGGGCUUUUACUGCAAACUCCUUUAGUAUCAUUCUGUCUUAAAAAGCAAACUGGCACAAUCUUGAAAAGAUUGCCCAACCGUGACUUAAAACCAGUGAAUGAUGUCAAGGUCGCUUCUGGGAGGUUAGCCUAAAAGUUUCUGUUGUCUUGGUUAGAGCUUAUUUUGUGGAACCUCUUAUAAUGAAAGUUGGAAGGAAUGAUCUGAUUUUGCACCUCGCCCUUUUAGACCUAAGUCACUGCUUGCAUUAGUGCCUUUCCUGAUGUAAACGCUUUUGUUCUGUGUUUGGAAGCCAGGGGCUGCUUCUUGAAUGCCCUAGCAUCCUCUGUAGCCACUAAAUGAGAAUGGGAUACAGAAUAAAAUAAGAGAAACAGAAAGUGAUACUUUCCCUGUGCUUGAUGCAGGAGCAGCCCUAGCAAUUUCUUUGUAGAUCUCAAAUCAUUUUUUCUGGUCCAAAUGUUACCGGGAAAACUGGAAUACUUCCUAUUUAUUGCUUGAAAUGAGACAUCUCUGAGAUGAAUUUUAGAUGUUUUGAUGGGGCCUAAGGUGAAACUCCUGUGGUCAUUGCAUUGGCCGGCUGCUAAGGAAGGAAGUGGUCAAUCCCCAUGCCAGUCCCAACCCAUGCAACCAGUUAAGGAUGAGGAUCUUGAGAAAGCUCCAUUCUGCGUGUGUGCGUAGCACUCUCCCCUAUUGUCGGCUCACAGACUGAAGUGGGGCUUGGCACAACAGACUCAUCUUCAUUGGCCGGCACGUUGCAAACACACCCUGAAUGUGACUGCCAGUCUUGCAACUGAAGGGCAUCUGUGACCUUUAGGAACUCGUAACUCUGCCUCACAGCUCUCAUAGGCUAGCGCAAAAGAACUAGAGAGCAUCCUAGGACAUAUGACCCCCAGGACUUGUAGCAGUCCAAGACAAACUGUUAGGAGUCAGAAUGCAGUAUAAAGUCCAUGCCUUACAUUUACACAGCACUUUAUGAUUGGAACGUUGGUUCGUUCCGGUCACAACCGUCUUCCCUCUGUGACUCUCUUCUUUUGCCACAACUCCUACUUCAUCUAUCCACUCAGUAUCCCCGGCACAAGGGCUGUGGAUGACUGGGCAGUGAAGUGCCUGGCCCAGAGACCCAGGUGAUGAAGCCAGAAGUCAAGCAGGAGCUCCAGGACUCUGAUAACCCCUCAUCUGUGACUUUGGUAAGCACCAGUUGUAGCAGAGCCCCUCAGGGAACAUGCCUUCAAUUUUCAGUAUGGACUCCAUCUCACCAGACUGGUGGUGGUGACAUUUUGCUGAGUGUUCCAUUUGAAUCUGGAGGGACCUGUAAUUCCCCGAGCUCCCUGAAGGUCCUGCUGUGAGCUGCUGUGGCACUGUCCGCCUGUACUUCCUUUGCAGCUUACACAGGAAGUGAUUCGUACUGCGUGAUCCUUGGUGGGAAGAGGCAUGUGGACAGACAUGAAGAGUGCUGGUUUUGCUGCUCAUGUAAGGUUAGUCUAGCUAGAUGUCACACUCAAUUUGUGACUGGGGGAUAUAGUCCUUUAACCAUCCUUUCUCAGCAUCUUGUGCAAGUAUGACUUUCUCAAGUAACUUUCACAUCACUGCACCAUUAAGACAAACAGGUUGAAGGGAAGAAAAACAUGUGCAUCUUUUGAAAAGAGGUACUGUGCAUAUUAAAGCCACAUUUAAAUUCAUAGGCACAUUCCUCGUUGUAGGAAAGAUAAUAUUUCAGCAAAAUACGAUUUAGUAAGUCAUUUAGGUGAAGAGGGUAUCACUUUACGCUGAAAAGCCACCCUAUCGACACAAGGCUUUAGAAAGCAUCUUUUCUUCAGUCGAACACAGUCUGGUAUUUGGUCAGGGAUUUCCGAUUUUCCCUUCCAAUAUUUUGUGUACUUAUGUCAUGGACGAAAUUGAGCCCCAGGCUUGGGACGUGGUGGCCAUGCUGCAGUUUUCCAACACAUUCUUACACAUCAUAGGUCUGAAAAGCGACAUUUCUCACCUUACCUGAAAUGGGAUCAGGAAGGGUCGUACCCUACCCCUUACAGAAGGGAAAAGUCUCCAGUGUCAGCAAUGAGGUAUUAACCCACUGCGAGUUUCUUUGUGCUGAAACAGAAAGCUAUUUCGUAUUUUGAUUUCUGACUCUUACAUUUCUUGGCUCUUUCCCACAGUACCCUAGAAAACAUUGCAAAUGCAGUCUGCAUUAAAAAUUUUGCUUCAGUCUCUCUCCUGCUAUAAACAGAGGUAAUGCUUUAUGUAGAUCUCUAUGCUGAGGGGGAAGCAUGACCCAAGGGGAUGUUCAACAUCUCAAAAUAAAACUGAGAUUUCUGGUCACCAUGAAUUUCGAUGUUUUGCAUGUUGGGGAUGUGACAUACAGCACUGUAUGGUAUUUGGAGCAAAAUAUUAAUGUGGAAAUCAGAUGCAAAAUUUCACUGUAUUUUUCUUCCUUUGUCACUUUGUCUUUUUGACUAAACUUUGAAAAGAGGCAUGACUCGUUUCUCCUACUUUGUGUUUUUGAGGUUGUCCUGUAAGAUGAAAACAAGAGAAAAUAUAUCUAUUAAAAUGACAUAGGAAAAGUUGGAAUGUGCCUCUGGUGUUCAUUUUCUGUGCUCUUCUUCAAAGGAAAAAUUUCUCUUUAGGUAGUGAGUGGUUGUUCUUUGAUCUUCUCUAAAGGUUACAGUGCCCUCUGGUGGAACUCGAAUGAUAACAAAGUCCUGAGGAUAUUAAAAUAAAAAAGGUCUAAUUAUGUUGAACAAUCUAUUUCAACUAUGGUUGGGGUGGUUUUCUCCAAUGGCUGUCAGUUCAUAGGUUUAUUGGUAAGAUAAUAUUUACAUUCAAAUAUCACUAUUGGUCCACAAAGUGAAUUUGACAUUA